GCGGCGGCGGCGGCGGCGGCUGGCGGAGCGGGCCGGGCCGGGCGGGCCGGAGCAUGGCGGGGUAACGGUGCGGAGCGACCAUGCGGCCCCGCCGCCUCCUGCCGCCGCUGCCGGUGCUGCUGCUGCUGGUGGCCGCGGGCGGGCGGCGGGCGCGGGGCGCGGCGGAGCCGGGAGCGCACGAGGUGCUGCUGAAGGUGCAGGUGUACGAGAGCGGGACGCUGGCCCCGCUGGCCCAGGCCACCCUGGAGGUCUUCGGCAACCGCAGCUCGCUGGCGGCUGGCACCACCGACCACGAGGGCACCGGCGUCCUGCCCGUCCCCUACCGCCUGGGCACCUGGGUCCUCGUCACCGCCACCCGCCGCGGCUACGUCACCGCCUCCGUCCCCUGGCGCGUCAACAAGCUGCCGCUCUACGCCUCCAUCAGCCUCUACCUGCUCCCUGAGCGCCCCGCCACCCUCAUCCUCUACGAGGACCUGGUCCAAAUCCUCCUGGGAUCCCCAGGUGAGCGAUGGGAAUGGAGAGCGGGGUGGGGGUGGGUGGCACCACCAUCACCCUUGGGUGCUGCCACCCACCUUGUGUCUCCCCCCCCCCCCCCCCCAGGUGCCCGGGGGCAGCCGUGGGCGCAGUUCCCGCGGCGGGCAGCCCGCCUGCCCCGCAGCUCCACGUACAGCCAGCUCGCCGCGUCCCUCACCGCCGCCACCGGCCCCAGCCUGACCCGCGCCUUCCCCACCUUCCUCGGGGCCGAGCAGGACGGCAGCGCCAAUGCCACCUGGCUGGAGCUGGCGCCCGUGGCAGCUCUCAGCGUCCAUCUCUUCACCGGGAACGGGACGGAGGUGCCGCUGGCCGGCCCCGUCCAGCUGUCCGUCCCUUUGGCCCCCGACGCCGGGCCCGUGGUGGCCACCAGCGUGCCGGCCUGGAGGUUCGACCCCAAGAGCGGGCUGUGGGUGCGUAACGGGACGGGGCUGAUCCGUAAGGAAGGCCGGCAGCUCUACUGGACUUUCGUCUCCUCCCAGUUGGGAUACUGGGCAGCAGCUCUGCCCUCUCCCAGCACAGGGCUGGUGGCGAUGGCGGCGGGCGUGACGGACAUCACCACCUACCACACCAUCUUCCUGCUGACCAUCCUGGGCGCGCUGGCCCUGCUCGUCCUCAUCCUCCUCUGCCUUCUCAUCUACUACUGCAGGCGGCGGUGCCUGAAGCCGCGGGCGCAGCACCGCAAGCUGCCGCUGCCGGGGCCGCUGGACGCCGCUCGGCGGGACCAGGCCACCUCGGUGUCCCAACUGGAUCUCCUCUGCGGCGGCAGCCACCUGGAGACGGCGUCCUCGGGGGGGGACACCGACCUCCCCACCCCCGGUUUACCCCCCCCUACCCGCGACCUCCCCGCCGCCCGGCCGGACUUCUUCCAACCGCCGGCACCCCCCCAACUCCGCACCGGUCCCCGGACCCCCGCCGGCACCCUGGCACCCCGCCGUCGCCAGCCCCCCGCCCCGGAGGACUACGGGCGCCCCGGCGAAGCCUUCGGCCUCAGGGCCGCCCGCUCGGUGGACGGGCUGCAACCGCCGGAUGAGCAUCCCCGGGGGACCCCCGCUUUCCCCCCCCGGCCCCCCUCGCCCCCAGUGUUUUCCCGUUACGGGGGGCAGCCGACCGAGCACCCGCUGCCCGAGCCACCCCCUCGCCCGCCCUCGCUGGCCCCCCCGGGUCCCCUCCUCCUCUGCGGCCCCCUGGACCGGGGCGGGGGGCCCGAGGACGUCUACCGGGGGGUGAUGCCCACCCUCCUCAUCCCCGCCCGGUACAUGCGCCUGGCCCCCGGCGAACCGGAGGGUCCCCCCGAAAGCGACGGGGGACCCGGUUCGACGGCGGCGACGGCCGCCCCCCCGCCCCCCCAGGCCGCCGGGCAACCCUUUGAGGAAGGGGAAAAUUGGGGGGGGGGCUCGUGCCCCCCAACCGGUGAGCGGCUCGGUGGCCAUCCCGGUGCUGCUGGACGGGUCGGCGGUGGCCCAGCUCAACGGGGAGCUGCAGGCGCUGGCGGGGCAGCAGUUAUUAGAAUUGGGGGGGCCCCCCCCUCCGAGAGCUUGGUUCGUCUCCUUGGACGGCCGUUCCUCCCAGGUCCGGCAUUCCUACAUCGAUCUGCAGGGCGGCGAAAGGGGGUCCGGCCCCGCGCCCCCCCCCCCGCCUCCCCCGGGGAGUCGGAGGUGGGGGGGAGGACGGAGGGACCCGACCCCCCCUUCCCGUCGCCUCCCCCGAGGACAGCUCGCUGGCCCCCUUGCUGGAAGCGGGGAGCGGGGGGCGACGAGGGGGGGGGCAGCGGGCGCAGCAGUGCCAGCGAAGCCCCCCGUGACUCCCUGACCAGCCCCGAGGAGGAAGCGCUGGCGGAGGCGGGCGAGGGGGGGGACGAAGGGGGCGACCGUAAAAGCCCCUGGCAGAAGCGGGAGGAGCGGCCGCUGAUGGUCUUCAAUGUCAAGGCGGGGGGGGCUGGCACUGCCCCCCGGGCCAGCGGUGCCUCCAAGCUGCCAUAGGAGCUGGGGGGGGGGGGGGGGGCCCUGUCCCUCCCCAACCUCGACCCCCCCAGCCCCAUGGCUUUGGAUUUUAAUCAUGUUUCUAAACGUUUUCUACGAGGCGAGGAUGAAGAGGGGCCAGUGGGGAUUGGGCUGGUGGUGGGGGGGACAUGGGGACCCCCCCCCCGGGCACCGCCUGCACCCGGCCGGGCUGGGCAGGGAGCUGCUGCCUGCACCUGCCUGCACGUCCCUGCCUGUUCGUUAGAUGGCAUUAAUAUAUUAAAAAAAAAAACCAAAACAA